GCGUGCGGCCCCGGCCGGCCGGGCCAUCUCUCCGCCGCCGGAGGGUCCGCAGCGCUCCASCUGUGCCCGCGGGAUGUCCCGCACCGCCACCUGUGCCCGCCCGCACCUGGCCGGGGCCCGGCUCCGAUGCCCUGCGUUGUCAGCGGGUGUUCGCGGGGCGGCAGAUCUCGGUGGAGACAGAGCGAACUGGGUUUGGAUACAGUGCUGUGGAUACAAAUCCUUUAUCUGUGUAUGUUAUGCAACCCCUCUGGAAUAAAAUUAUUAAGAUAGUGCCUUUGUGGAUUGCUCCCAACCUGUUAACGUUCUCUGGAUUUGUCAUGAUUUUAUUUAAUUAUUUUCUAAUAUCUUUUUAUGACUGGGACUACACUGCCUCAGGUACCAGUCCUGGACUUGUUCCCACCUGGGUGUGGCUGUUCAGUGCUUUUACCACUUUUUGUGCUUAUGCUUUAGACUCCAUAGAUGGGAARCAUGCUCGAAGGACUCAGUCCAGUACUCCUCUGGGAGAACUAUUUGACCAYGGGCUGGAUAGCUGGGCUACCUCCAUUUUUGUGCUUUCUUUUUUUUCUGUCUGCUCCCGUGACAAUGGGAAGACCGGAGUUUCUGUAUAUACAAUGUAUAUCUAUUUAAGCAUUGUCUUGUUUAACUUCAUGUGUUCACACUGGGAGAAAUAUAACACAGGAGUUCUUUUUCUUCCUUGGGGAUAUGAUAUAAGCCAAGUGGUAUUAAUAGCAGCAUAUCUGCUCACKGGUACUGUUGGUGUGGAAGUCUGGCAGAAACCUUUGCUGUUUGGUUAUUACAUUACAGAUGUAUUAGUAAUCCUGCUUAUAGGCUUCAGUUUAUUUCUAUCAUUUCCACAAACACUAUACAACAUUCACAGAGCACAUUUAAAGAAAACACUGAAGAAUGAUUCUCUCUAUGAAGGACUGCUACCUCUUGUGUCACCUCUGUUGCUGUUCGUUCUUCUUACAGUCUGGGUGGUUUUAUCUCCAAGCAACAUAUUAGCAAAGCAACCCAGACUGUUUUUAUGGAUGGUUGGGGUUGCUUUCUCAAAUGUUAUUUGCAAGGUGAUCAUCUGCCAGAUGAGCAGCACGCAGCCCGAGCUGUUCCACUGGUUCCUGUUCCCGCUGGCGCUGGUGGUGUACGCGGCCAUCUCCGGGCUGCUGGGCUGCACUGAAGAAGCGGUUCUUGGCGUGUUCACCGCCCUGGUCACGGCUGCCCACGUGCACUACGGGGUCUGCGUGGGCAGGCAGCUGAGUGAGCACUUGAAYAUUUACAUCUUUUCCCUGAAGAAACGAGUCCAAGAGUGAACACCUGCACUACGAUCAGACUGUAACACUUGAAGUGGAGAUUUGCAGCUCUUCUGAUGUGAUAAAUAGUUGGAAUGAAUCUGAUUAAAAUAACCAAAGAAUAGAUUAGUACAGCUGUCUGAACCACUGCGACAAUGAGCUAUGCAGGAAGACGCUUCAUCUCAGAGGAAGAUGCCUGUCCAACAGAGAAGUCUACCAAGUUGUUCUGUUGAUAUUUAUUCUUUUUAUCAAUCUGUGUUACUUGCCUCUCUUUUGUCUUCCUCCUCCUUACCAGUGUGUCCAAAGCCCUGGAUAAAUCCAUGCCAGAUUACAUGAGACCCUUGGUGGUUUCCAGUACUGGCUUUGCCCAGCCCAGUCACCAGUGGGACCCCAGCAAUGCAAACCCUCCCUAUAAGUCCUUCCUAUUCAGACUUCUGUGCCUGCUUCAUUUGCCAUAUUUAUUGUCUCACAACUGAUUUCUUCCACACAACCUCCUGAAGGGCUUAUGCACAUUCAGUCUUUUCCUCACCUCAUAUGAGUGUGUGAAGACAAGAAAAUCAGCUCAGAAAGCUAAGAGUACAGUAAAGUAUUUUUUAAAC